AUGCGGAAGUGCAGUGGCUUGCAAGUGCUGUUCUGUCUCCUGGGGCUCGGUCUCUUGCAUCUAUGGCAGAGUGGCUUUCAACUGAGUCCCGCGGCUUGGCAAGGGCAUCCAGAGAGCGGACCGCAGGAGGUCACAGCUGUUCUAGAGGCUACCGAGGCCGUAGCGGAAGAGUCGCCAGAAUCUGGAAAUCUGACGGUCGACCAGUGGGGUUCGGCUCUGUCAGAGGAUGCCGAAGAUGGCGAGUUACUGAACAGCACGGCAAGCACUGCAAGCACGGCGCUGGAGCAAGCGGAUGCCAGUGAGGCUUUGACCUGGUUCCUGCGAGAAGAAGCUUCGGACCCUCCGGGCUUCUCUGAGUUCCGAGACCGGCUGCUCUCUGUCCAAAAGCGCGGGCACAGCAAUCCCGAGUCCGUGAAGUGGGUGGUCUUCACAGCAUCCAUAGGACUAGGGAACUGGAUGGCGGGGCUCUCCUCGGCACUUCUGGUCGCAGGGCUGACUGGCAGGGCUUUCGCAUGGAUCCCAGCUUCGAUGCGGGAUGUUUGUACAUGGAUGGACUCGCCCUUGUGCGAUUGGGCUAGGCAUCCUGUGCACGUGAUUGAGGAGGCAGAGAAAGCCCUUGAAGCGAUCGCAGCAAAUCCGAAGGCGAAGCCAAGGAGCAAGUCCGUCGAGGUGCUUGCAAUCGACUGGAAAGGCUGCAAGUACGAGAAACUCCGCUGCAUGCCAAUUACACAGAAGCCGAUCUUGCUUUUGCUGUCUGGAGUCUGGGUUGGCAAUGUGCUACUGGAGAACCUGGAUUUCCUUCCUAUUUUGCAGCAAGCCUUCCAGCGGCAGCUUGCAGCCCAUGGUGCACCGCAUGGUGGACAGGAUAGAGUCAUUCUGGACACGUACGGCCCGUUGGUUCGCUGGAUCUUCCCGCCAGCGGCCGCCGUGCGCAAGGAGACGGAAGGCUACGUACAGAGAUACUUGCGGUCCGGCAACGUCUCCAUCUGCGUUCAAGGCCGCUCCACAUUACACGACUGCAGCGCUCUACAAGGCACAGCGCGAACUCGGAUUGAGCCUUGUCUAUGCCAAUUUCGGCUCACGGAUGGCAAUCAACGCUGUCUCCGUGGCUUUGCUGAACGCGUGCGACAUCUUCAUCGUGCAGCCGGCAUAGCUGGGCUCUGCCAAUGUGCUAGAUGGCUU